AUCAGAAGUGGAAGGGAAGCUGCUAUCAUCUUCUCGUUUUCAGUGCGGAAUUUUUUAGUGCUAGAGGGCGUAUUUUGUUGUUGCAAGAGGCUUUUGUUGGAUAACUUUUGGAGAUAAGAACACCCAGCCAACCAUGGAGCACGAUCCGUCAGUGACAUUUUCCUGCUUCAACUGCAACCUGAACCUAGUUGGAUACAGAUACAUCUUGAGAGAGGAGAAACCAUUUUGCAUAAAAUGUUACGAAUCGUUGUUUGCCAACACGUGCGAGGACUGCAAGGCUCCCAUUGGCACUGACUCUAAGGAUCUCUCCUACAAGGAUCGCCACUGGCACGAGAGGUGCUUCAAGUGCUGCGACUGCCAGAUGUCGCUGGUGGACCAUCCCUUCGCUAGUAAGAACGAUCGUCUCUACUGUGCCGAUUGUCACGAUAACAAUUUCGCUGCCAGGUGCGAUGGCUGUGGGGGUCUGUUUAGAGCCGGUAUGAAGAAAUUUGAAUACAAGGGCAAGCAGUGGCAUGAGCAAUGUUUCUGCUGCAAGGUCUGCCUGCAGCCAAUAGGAAACAAGAGUUUCAUCCCACGUGACCAGGAAGUAGUUUGCGUGCCCUGCUACGAGGAGCAGUAUGCCCAGAGAUGCCUCAAGUGCAACGGGGUCAUAAACAAGGGGGGCAUCACCUACAAAAACACCCCAUGGCACAGGGAGUGCUUCACUUGUACCAACUGCGUGAAAAUUCUGGCUGGCGAGAAGUUCACCUCGAAAGAUGAUAAGCCCUUCUGUGCCGAAUGCUUCGGGGAACUCUUCGCGAAGAAAUGUUGCAGGUGCCUUAGACCUAUCACGGGUCUUGGAGGAACCAAAUUUAUCUCAUUUGACGAUAGGCACUGGCAUAGCGAGUGCUUUGUCUGCUACAGGUGCACCACCUCGCUUGUCGGCAGGGGUUUCCUGACUGACGGGGCCGAAGUUCUCUGCCCCGAUUGUGGCAGGGCUUAAGGAAGAUUCGAAUUUAAGAGUCGAAACGACAAAUUACUAGUUCGUGAUUAGCGAUUUUUCGUCUCGGUGUAUCACUUAUCAAAUAUUUCUAUUUGACGAUGGACGAUGUUUUACGAGUCAGAUUUAAAAAUUAGAUAUACUUGAUUACUAAAUUGAGAUCAGAGAUUUUUUGUCCUGUUGUAUUAUUAUUAUUAUUAUUGUUGUUGUUGUUGUUUACCAGAAAAUGGCAUCACAAUCAAAUGAUCGUAAUUUGUUAUUGUUAUUAUUAUUAUUAUAUAUAUAUAUAUAUAUAUAUUGUUAUUAUUAACUAUUAUUAUUAUUAUUAUUUGUAGUAGUAGUAUUUAUUGUUCACUAAGAUAGUAGUUUAGCAAAACGCGUUUACAGAUGAAUUAUUAUAUUACAAAUUUGUACUAUCAUCUUUAGUAUUAAAUUUUACAUAUAUAUCGAAUAAAUAUUUAAGUGUGUCAAUAAUAGAUUAUUAAUGAUAAUAAUAUUAAUAAUGAUAAUUGUUAUUAUUAUUUUUAUUAUUAUUCGUGUUGUUUAACAAUGUCUUAAAUCUCAUCAUUUCGCAUAAGACUUCGAAUGAUUUUUUUAACUGGUUCAUUUGCACACACACACACACACACACACACACACACACACACACACACACACACACACACACACACACACACACACACACACACACACACACACACAGACACACACAGACACACACACAUACACACACAAACACACAUGCAUACAAAGAAACAAAUGCUUACAUACACACAAACACAGACACACAUACCAAAAUGAACAUUCACACACAAACACACACACACAAAUAUAUAUUCACUUUAUUAUAUAAUCUAAACAAAUUGAUUAAUUGAUUAGUUAAUUAAUAUUUACACUAAGUGUCUUUAAUAGACAUGCGAACGUAAAUAAAUUUUUGAGAAUAAUUUAAAUACGUAAAUACGAAAUGAAUAAAUUUUAUUAUUAAUAAUAAUAAUAAUAAUAAUAAUGUUAUCAAAUAAUGACUUUGAGAUUUAAAACGACAACGAAAUGAUGAUGAUGGUGGCAGCGAUGAUGAUGAUAGCGACGGUGAUGAUGAUGAUAACAAGAGAUAAUAAAAAAUAUAGAUAAUGACGUAAUUAUAUUUGAUGAGUUCUUCAUAUUUUUCAUUCAACACGCUUGCAAGAAUUAUUAUUAUUAUUAUUGUUAUUAUUAUUAUUAUUAUUAUAAUUGUUAUUAUUAUUAUUAUUAUUAUUAUUCUUUUUCGAUGUUUUUUUUCAGAAUAAACCAAUGGAACCAGGGU